AUGAAAAAGAACGGCAAAUAUGCCUACAGGAACAGAACAAAAAUAACAUUUAACCGUGGAAAAACAAUAAAACAAUGGAAGUCAAGACUACAAAACAGCGGCGAAAUUGUGAACUAUCUCGACAAUUCAACAGAGAAUGGCACGAUGAUUUGGACUGUAACGUCGGAUCCGAAUGUAAUCAGCAGAGUGUACAGGGAUGAGGGGAGUAACCGUGUGUUCCUGACAACGACAAUAGGCAUUUCACUUGGAUGUGGAGUCCUUGCUGUUGCCUUUAGUGCCUUGGGAACCUCUCUCUUUCUCAGAGCUAAGAAACAACGGGCGAAUGGUACAAUGUCCGACUCUUCAUACGUCCAAGAGGCGAUAUAUAGUGAGCCGUAUGAAAAUAAAGAUAACAAAAUCACACAAGACAUACAAGUACCUGUAUGCACGCCUGAAACCACGAUACAAACAGAAAACGAUUAUAUCAACGAUAUCAAAGUUUCAACCCCUAUACAUGAAGUUGUGAAAAUAAAAUCGGAUGAAAAUGAUGAGCUAUACAGUUUCAACAAGGCAGUUAUCGUAAAAGAUGGAAAAAAUGCUGAAGCUCUGGAUAGUAGUGAUUACAUUGAUUCGCUCCUCCCUAAGGACAAAUAUAGCAAGGUCAUUCGAACUGACUCCGACAGCGCCUAUUAUAGUCUCGGCAACAGUUUAGAGGGCAUCCUUGGACAGCACAAAUCGCAAGAUAGCAUCGGGCAGUCUGUGUGUCACAACAUCGAAAAGCGCAGCAAACAACACCAGCUGCUUCCAGCCUUAGAUGUAUCAUCUGAUUCCCCAUUUUACGUGGAGGAUAUCCUGACGGAAGAGGGAGGGCGCCUUGAGCUACCAGCCUACAGAGUCACUAUGUUCGUGCCACCGGGAGCUAUUCCAAAGGGGACGAGACAGCGUAUUUUUAUGUACGUACAUCCAGAUACUACACAUGUUUCUGCAUCCAUGAAUAAGCAAGGCCAGAUCAUAAGUCCAUUCAUUAUUUGUGGACCUGAUGGGUUUAAAUUUGAAAAUAUGAUAACACUUUCCUACCCACACUACGUGACACGGCUAAAAGAUUGGCAGGUGAAGACAAUCUAUACUAAAACCACGAACAACCAAUUGGAAUAUGAUUUUGUGGACGAGGACCCUUCUUCUGACGCCUUGGUUCAAAAAGAAAACAUCACCUUGUUUUUAUCACACUUUACUGGAUUCGGUACAAUUGGCCAACAGCAUUCCGAGGCUUCCCCGAGAGGCGAGAUGUACUGGAAGACGAUUUUGAUUCUGGCCAGUCAGAUCAUUGAGGGUGAAGAUCUUAUCUUGUACAUUUGGUGCAUCGAUUCGAAUGAGUUAGAGAGUGUUCUAACAGAGGAAGAACAACAAGGUAAAAUGCGUGUAUCGACGAACCCUUUUCAGAUUCGAAUUGAUCCAAGUGAAGAGCACGGGACUAUUACUGCCAGCCUUGUAGAUGUUGACAAAGCAUGGAGUGUAUAUGGACCAUCCUUGAAAGAAGACAAUAUGCACGAGGUCGCCUUCACUGAAUUGUUUCUUCGACCAAGAGAUAGCAAGGAGAUGUCACUCGAGGCCAAAAAGAUUGACAGUCGCCCAAACUCUACGAGGGGAUCGCUAUUUAAUCUCGACGAACGAAAUGACUUGGUGGACAAACUUGACACCAACGAGAAUACAAUAUGUGGUAAUGACUGGAGAAUUUUAGCGUCAUACCUGAGUCUAUCAGAAAAAGAUGUUGAACAAAUACAGAAACACUCCCAUCGUCAAAGUCCAACUUGGAAAAUGCUGAACUUUUUAGAGUUAACAUUGAGAAACCCAGGGAUUCAGGACAUAAAAGACCUUCUUGGCUUCUUCAAAGGUCUUCCAAAAAAGCAAAGUCGUAUAGAUGUUGAACGGAUUCUCGAGGAUGCCAUUCUGAGAAUACAGAAGGAAGCAGACAUAUCAAGGACGGGCAUAGUGCGACCUACAAGAAGAGCCAAAAUCAAAGUAAGUGACGAAGAACAACAAGAUCAAGCAAUUGCAAAUUCACCAGCUUUGAAAGUUCCGAUCCUUCCUGGUAGUGUCAGAGAGCCGACAGAACAAAGUAUAGAUGGUACCUACUUGGCCUGGUGAUAUAUCAAUAAAGGCUACAUAAGUCACAAUGGCGCUUGGCCAAAGGAGCCAAUUAUACCGACACGCAGUGAAACUGGAGUAAAAAAUGAGGAGACAACAUGUCUGUAUGAGACAAGCGACACUGGAAUGCGUCAGAAUGUGUCAUCGAAACAUUCAAGUAUCAUGACCGAGCCAUCAUCACACGUUGUCAAUGCUAGUUCUAGUUGCAG